AUGUGGUGUGUGGUUUUGCUUCUAUUCGGAUUUCUUCGACAAUCAUUAGGCGCGCCAACCGAGAAGCCAAUCCUCCUCUUCUCAUGUCCACGAGAUGCAGAAUGCUAUGCUCAUCCUAAAAAUUGUGUUGAUAACUGCAAUGCAGCUUUUAGUAUGCGAUCUGAUCUGUCUAAAAACACUACAACAUUCAACAUUGCUAUGAUGUCUGGUCUUGGAUAUGUCGCUGUGCUGGUCAAGAACAAGGGUGCAAGAAACUACGAGCAAGCUUAUAUUUGUUCCUUCCAUCAGCCAAAAGGCAUAGCUGCAAGAAUCCGACAAGGAGAGCCAAUCGUUGUCCAUGAGGUGGGUCAUGACUCAAAUUUUUGA